AUGGACUUCACUAAUCUUCCUCCAACAGAACCUUUUGAACAACUAAGGUCUAAGUCUUGUCAGUUUUACUUAUUUGGACUCCAUUUAGGUAAGUCUAAAGCCCCGUUAUUAUGUAACACCAUCUUCAAACAGUUGGGUAUUAACUGGAAUUAUCAGAUCGAAGAGACCGAUCAAAAAUCCAAAUUCCAUGAAAGAUUUGCUUCCGAUAACGUUAUAGGUAGUGCUGUGACCAUGCCUAACAAAGUUGCUUUUCUCAGUGAAGUGGACCAUACUGAUGAAAUCGGUACUGGGGUAGGGGCCAUAAAUACCGUUUAUACCAGAUUAUCUCCUACAGGUGAAAAAUUGAAAAUUGGUACCAAUACUGAUACUGUAGGUAUUAAAGAAUCAUUUUUACAAACCGAAGCAGUUGAAAUCGCCAACCUGAAUAACGGUGCCCCAGGUUUGGUGUAUGGUGGUGGGGGAGCCUCGCGGUCUGCAGUUUAUGCUCUUUAUAAGUUCUUUGGCUGCAAACAAGUAUACAUUAUCAACAGAGAUAAAGGAGAAAUCAAUGAUUUGAAAGCUUCAAUGAAUCAGUCAGCUCCUUAUAUUGAUAUAGUCCACAUUGAGACUCCAGAACAAGCAAACAACUGUGGUCAACCCAAAUUAGCUGUUCUUUGUGUACCCAAUUUUUCCCCUUCUACACCAUCUGAGAUACUUGCUAAAGAGACAUUAUCAGUAUUUAUGAAUAGAUCCACUGGAGCUGUGCUUGAGAUGUGUUAUAACCCGGUUGUAGUGACAGAGUUAUACAAAGAGUUUGAAGCUAGUGGUUGGAUAGUGAUCUCAGGUAUUACUGCCAUGAUCUAUCAAGGACUCACUCAAAUUUCUUUGUGGAGUGGCUACAGUAUAAAGGAACUUCCUUUGGAAGAAGCCAUGGCUGCUGUUUCACAGUAG